UUACACAAGUUUGGCGCGCUGCUUCAAAACAGACCGCGGGAGAAACUGAGGAGAUUUGCUGCUUAGUUAUUUGUUGGGAUAUUUUUAAGAAAGAAAUCAAAAACUACUUUGGAGUUCACAAGGCUGAAAAAAGAAAGUUGAAUUUAUCGUGUCAGGCGUUUUGACGAUGUUAUCCCGAAAAAGAAAACAUGGUUCUCCUGAUGUUGAGAGUAACCCAUCUAAGAAGCAAAUAAGAAGCCCAACUAAGUCUCCGAAAAGAUCAAGCCGUCAUAAAGAGAACAUCCCAAUCUCAUUGACAUCUCCAGAGAAGACUCAAGUCUCACCUCCCAGUACACCCAAAAAGAUGAAGAGGACCUCUACAUUAGAAAACGUACCAAAAAGGGUCUCUCCACGCAAAGCUGCUUUGGGAGCCGGAUCCUUUUACAGCAAGCAGAAACCUCUAUAUCUCACACCCCUUGAAAGGAAAGUGUUAAAAGAAACCAAAUCGCCACCAUCAGUCCCUAACAGAGAGCCACUGAGACCUCCUUCAUCUGCUGGAAAUCUUGUUAAAAAACCUAAAAGCAACGUUCAACCGAAAGCCAAAGUGAGUCGACCACAGUCUAACCUGAAAGGAUACUUCACUGCAAAACCCAAGGGACAAACUCCACCUGACAAGAAAGCAAAUCCAUCCGACGUCAUGGUGGAAAGCGUUCGUGCCCCUCUUACAGUUGGCAUUAUGAAGGCUAAAGUCAAACCCAAGCUUGUUGUGGGUGCGGCUUUUUUCAGCACUGGAAAGAAGCCCACGUCAAUGUUCAAAAAGUCUGCACAGAAGCUUAAAAAGCCAUCGAGCUACGAGAAGCCCAAGUCUACAAAAUCCUCAAAGAAGAAAGAUGAGGCGCGAGAGCAUUCCCCCGUUCGUCGAGUCGUCUUCUCGAAAAAACAGGUGGACUUGCCCAAAACGCCAACUAAAGACAUCAUCAGUGACGAUGCUGAGGACAGCGGUUCGACACCGGAGCCCACACAAUUGUCCCCUCGUGUCCUGGCAGAUUUGCAUGGCAUUACUAAAGAAUUAAAGGUGGUUCUGAGGAGAUCUGUUAGUCCCAACAAAUCCUCCUGCUCUGAAUCUGGUAGCCAGGACACGCCUGCAAUAAGUGAUUCAGUGUUUGAUGUGAACGAUCUAUCUCCACCAGAUCACAACAGCUCAAUGGAUGAAGAAGAAUCAUCUGUGUAUCCCAUCUUUGGCUCCAAAAGAUCACGGAAAAAAGGGGCUUUGUCACCACCGCUGAACAGCAGCACUCCAUCCACCCUGACUGCCACUUCUGCUGUCAAAGCCAAAGAAAGAAAAGCCAUGAAACGAGAUCUAAAGAAACAAACAGACAAUCAGCUUGUCAUUGAUGCUGGACAGAAGCAGUUUGGGGCGACUACGUGCGGAUCCUGUGGCAUGCUGUACAGUAUAGACAGUCCAGAGGACAAUUUCCAGCAUACACAGUUUCAUCAGCGCUUCCUGGACACUAUCAAGUUUGUGGGCUGGAAAAAAGAGAGAGUUGUGGCAGAGUUCUGGGAUGGGAAGAUUAUUCUUGUUCUUCCUGAUGAUCCGAAAUAUGCAGUUAAAAAGGCGGAGGAUGUGAGGCGUAUUGCAGACAGUGAAUUGGGCUUCCAGCAGGUGACCCUCAGUAGCCCCAGCUCAGCUAAAACCUUUUUGUUUAUUAACAGUGACAGAAUGGUGGUGGGCUGUUUAGUGGCUGAGAAUAUUAGACAGGCUUAUCGGGUACUGGAUCAACCACUGGCUCCCAAAGACAUGAACAAGGAGGACUUUAUGGAGCAUCACAGAGCCUGGUGCUGCUCCACUGUGCCGGAAAAAGCCAUUUGUGGUGUCAGCCGGGUCUGGGUCUUCAGUCUGAUGAGAAGAAAGGGGAUCGCAACUCGCCUUCUGGACACUGUCAGGACUUCUUUCAUGUAUGGGUGUCACUUGACCAAAGAGGAAAUCGCAUUUUCUGACCCUACACCUGAAGGAAAGCUGUUCGCCACAAAGUACUGCGAGACUCCAACAUUUCUGGUGUAUAACUUUGUCAGUUAAAGAAACAUGUUUAGGUUUGAGUUGAGGAUAUUUUUAAUCCAUAAAAGAAUAUUGUGUUAGAUGUUCAAAUGAAGCCUGAUAAGAUGAAAAUCCACUGCAGCUUUGUAUCUGAAGAUCCGUUACACUUAUAGAGGCUAUGGUUUUUUGCUGAGUUUUGUUUUUAAGCAACUAUAUACAGUAGCAAAUGCUGGCUGUAGUUACUAAUAACUAGGUUUGUGUUUUGGACAUUUGCUUGUUACUUCAGUAAUCAGCUGUUCAAAUUUGUCCUUUGUUCAAAUGUUAAACAAAUUCAGCUAAGCUGCUACUUGGUUUUGACUUUGUACAUAUUUAAAAUAAAUGUUUUUAAUUUUCUUUUAAUUCUGUAAGUUUUGUACUUGAUUCAUUGCAAACAGUGAUGGAUGUAAUGAAUGUAUUUAAUUCUUUUCUGAGCAGUUGAUACAUACCCAUACAUUUUUAAACAAAAAUAUACAAAUGACUAAACUGUGGUUAGAUGUCAUUCUUUUAGUCCAGUGAACAUUUCACAUGUCGGUUUAUCUAAAGCCAGAUAGGAAGCAAAAAAUUAUUGCAUGUUCAUUGUUUUUUUUUGUGUUUGUGUGGUAUGUGGGGCAUGUUGUCACCAAAGUACCUGCAGAAUCUAUACAGUUUAACAAUAAUAAAACAGAAAAGUGUUUAAAA